CUCUCUCCCUCCUCCGGUUCAUCCGCUGUCUUCUCCCCGUCCUGGGGAUCCUUCCUUGAUUUCAAUUCUCUCCUGGCCUUUCCCCGACGACUCACCCCCCCUCCCUCCACCAUGGCCACCCCUCUCCUCGUCUCCUACGACCCCGCCUCCCCCUCCUCCGGCCUCGGCCUCAAGCAGAUCGCGUACUUCGGGCGCGUCCUCAUCAAAGCCUCCAGCCUUGCCCAGGCAGAGGAAUUUCUCAAGCACAACUUCCGUCUGCUUGAUGUCUACGUCGACGCCACUGCCGUGUCCGCCACCGGAGACCUCGUCGAUAUCCUCAAUGCCGGCGCCGCCAAGAUCUUCAUCUCCCUCGACCAAUUGACGGCCCUGUCCGAAGAACAGUCCGUGCCGUCAUCACGCCUGGUCGUCUAUGCCCCCGAGAGCCAGGUGAAUGCCUUUCAGACCUGGGUUGCCCAAUCGGCUGAGCGCAAGGAUGCGGGCCUGGCGACCGACUCGUCCGCCGUCAAGGCCCUGGCUGAGAAGCUUGGCAUGAACCUCGAGGCUCAGAACCUAUACCGCACAUACACCAGCACACCCACGGAGGAAGCUCUGAAGGACACAUUGAUCGAGGGUGGCGUUAGUGUUGUGUCUUCCGACGUGUUGACCUUUGAGCACAAGGAGCCCAACGGCAAGAUCGCCGCCGCUUCCCUCAUCGCAGCUCGCGCCGUCGCCGACCAGAGCAACGGUCUUUACGCCACCACAGUGACCGAUGAGCGUGGAACAUGUCUGGGACUCGUGUGGAGCAACGAUGAGAGCAUCGCUGAGGCUCUCCGCACUGGCACCGGUGUCUACCAGAGCCGCAAGCGCGGUCUGUGGUACAAGGGUCAGUCGAGCGGAGACGUGCAGGAGCUGAUCCGCGUGGGCUUUGACUGCGACAGCGAUUGCCUGGUCUUUGUUGUCAACCAGAUUGGCAGAGGUUUCUGUCACCUCGGAACUGCCAGCUGCUUCGGACCCUACAACGGCCUCUCCCGUCUUCAGAAGACCCUGCAGGAACGCAAGGCCGAUGCCCCUGCCGGAUCCUACACCGCCCGCCUGUUUAAUGAACCCAAGCUCACCCAGGCUAAGAUUAUGGAGGAAGCCGACGAACUGUGCCGUGCCAACACCAAAGAAGAGAUCGCCUUCGAGGCUGCUGAUCUUCUUUACUUCGCUCUGACUCGCUGUGUCGCUGCCGGUGUCAGCCUCGAGGAUGUGGAGAGAAAUCUGGACCUCAAGAGCCUGAAGGUGAAGAGAAGAAAGGGUGACGCCAAGGGCCCAUGGGCGGAGAAAGCUGGCCUGGCCGCCCCCGAAUCGAAGCCCGCGCCCGCUCAGCCCGCUCAGCCCGCUCCUAAGGUGGAUGAGCAGAUGCAGAUGACCCGCGUCUUCACUGCUUCGACGCCCGCCUCGGUGGUCCAGGAUUAUCUCAAGCGUCCCGCUCAGAAGUCCAACGAUGCGAUUGUCGCUCUCGUCCGCCCCAUUAUCCAGGAUGUCCACGACAACGGUGAUGCUGCUGUUCUCAAGUACACCCACCAGUUCGAGAAGGCGACCUCCUUGACCUCCCCCGUCAUCCACGCCCCAUUCCCGCCUGAGCUGAUGAAGCUGUCCCCUGAGACCCAGGAGGCCAUUGAUAUCAGUAUCUCCAACAUUGCCAAGUUCCACAGCGCCCAGAAGGAUGCAAACGAAGUCCUGAAUGUCGAGACCAUGCCCGGUGUUGUCUGCUCCCGCUUCUCGCGUCCCAUUGAGCGCGUCGGUCUGUACAUCCCCGGUGGUACUGCCGUUCUUCCCUCCACGGCGAUGAUGCUGGGUGUUCCCGCCAUGGUGGCCGGCUGCAAGAAGCUUGUUCUCGCGUCGCCUCCCCGCUCCGACGGCAGCAUCUCGCCCGAGAUCGUCUACGUCGCGCACAAGGUGGGUGCGGAGAGCAUCGUGCUUGCCGGAGGUGCGCAGGCGGUUGCGGCCAUGGCCUAUGGCACCCAGAGCAUCAGCAAGGUGGACAAGAUCCUUGGUCCGGGCAACCAGUUCGUCACGGCCGCCAAGAUGUUUGUUGCCAACGACACCUCCGCCGGAGUCAGCAUCGACAUGCCGGCCGGACCCAGUGAGGUGCUGGUUAUCGCGGACAAGGAGGCCAACCCUGCGUUCGUGGCUUCCGACCUUCUCAGUCAGGCCGAGCACGGUGUCGACUCGCAGGUCAUUCUCAUCGCCAUCGACUUGAACGAAGAGCAACUCCAGGCCAUCGAGAAGGAAGUUGAUGUUCAGGCCAAGGCUCUUCCCCGCGUGGACAUUGUCCGGGGCUCUCUGGCGCACUCGGUCACCUUCGUCGUGCGCGACCUCGAGGAGGCGAUGGCGCUCAGCAACGACUACGCCCCGGAGCACUUGAUCCUGCAAAUUCAGAAUGCGGAGGCGGCUGUCAAGCAUGUGCAGAAUGCCGGCAGCGUGUUCAUCGGCCAGUGGACCCCGGAGAGCGUGGGCGACUACUCGGCAGGUGUCAACCACUCUUUGCCCACAGCUACCUACGGAUACGCAAAGCAGUACUCCGGUGUGAACCUGGGCUCGUUCCUCAAGCAUAUCACCAGCUCGAACCUGACGGCUAACGGUUUGCUGGGCUUGUCUCGCACGGUGGAGCAGCUGGCUGCAGUGGAGGGACUGGACGCGCACAAGCGGGCCGUAAGCAUUCGUGUGGCGCACAUGAAGCAGGCUCAGCAGGCUUCUUAA